AUGGCAGGCAUCAAGAAGCCUCGAGGAAUCAGACACGAUCGUCAUUGCCACCGCUGUCGAGUCAAGGGCACCAAAUGUGAUCUCAACCGCCCUCGUUGCCAGCUGUGCCAACAGAAUGGAGUGGCAUGUAGCUAUCCCCAGAGAGUCGUCUGGAUGGGUGAUAAGAAAGGCACACCUGAAAACGUACCAUCAGUGCCAACAUUGGUGACAGAAAAUGGGAGUAAGGAGUCAAGUCCAACUCAGCCACAAAGCAACAACAUACCUAUCAAUCUAUACGGGUUCAUCGACCUUCUAUCACACUUCUACCAAGAGAUUCGAUCGACCAAGGAAGAGCUCCCAGAUGAAGCCGUCAAACUCAUCGCUCACACCUUGAGCUUCGCUCGUUCACGUUUGCAGGGACCAGACAAUAAACAAUCGAUCCAGACGCAUCUCGGAGCCUUGACGAACUUGAGUAAAGUGAUCGACUCCGGACAUCCGAUUGCACUAUUCGGUAUCGCCACAUUCGCCAUUUUUGAAGUCUGCUGUGGCUCAUUUGGCAAAUGGCAUCGUCAUUUACAAGGUGCACGCUCUCUCCUUGACCUCCACUGUCGGAACAAGACCGAGCUUGACGACCUCGCUGCCCGUGUACCUGGCCUUGGAGAUGUACUAUCGUACCUGGUAUGGUUUGACGUUACGGGCGCACUGAUUCGAGAUGGUGAUCUGAUAUUUGACGAUUGGCACCGCGGAGUCCUAAGCCCGAAUUUCUUCGACUCGGUGGGCUGUCCACCUGAUACAUUUGAGCUCUUUGCGCAAUUGGCAAACCAGAAUAACAAUCUCGAUAUCUUGGACCUGAGUUCCAGAGCCAUGGGUCAGAUAUUGAAUUUAGAUAAUAGUGAUAUUACGGAGCGGGGAUUGGCGGCUGCCGUGUACAGAUGCACGGGCGCGAUUGUGGCAUUUGGCCGUGCAGGAGGGAACGGGAAUAACGAAAGCACCCCUAUCUCGAAUCCUUAUUCCGAUUCGUUAUCGAAGAUGGUAGAUCAGGCAUGCGAUGUCAUCUCCCGGAUCCCCACGUCCUCGAGAUUCUACGUUCACCUAGCCAGCCCGGCCUAUUUGACCGGGAUGCACGCAAGCAGCACGAGACAAUGCGAAAUUCUACGAGGAUAUUGGCGGAAUUGUCAGCUUUGCGACUUUCCGCGGUAUCCGGAUGCACAGGAACAAUGCGAGGCAAGAUGGAGGAGGAUCUAA